AUGUUAAUUGCAACACCACUGCUACUUUCCGAGGCCACCGCUGGGUCAGAAGCACUGGUAGUCACCGGCGCUAAAAUCUCAUAUGACAAAUUAGUGUCGUUCCGGGUAUAUCAGCAUGCCGACUACGCAUCGGUGUCGGUGUGUGCCGUUGCAUCGGUACUCACCCCCACAUAUGCGCGUGAUACGGAUAUAUUCAAUGAUUAUAAUGAGAAGAAAGUGACGUAUACCGUAGAGGGAUACGUGUUGGGAGGUGAUCUUCUCAAGACAGACAUUGGAUUUGUAUUGCUGACGGUGUGUGUGUGUGCGAAUUCAAAGGGCAAUAUAGAGCUGGUGAUGCGGCUUAAGCGAGUCUCGAUCGAGAACGACGGGGCAGUCUCUGCGGAUGACAUACCUACCCUCACGGCCAUGCGCCACACGUGUCCGUCCUCCACAGACAACUGUGUGGUAGCCAUAGUCUCUGCGUCUACCUACGUUGUAGGUACCGCUGACGGCUGCGUAUAUCUGUACACCCGCGAUAGUCAGACACCUAAGUCUCUGCCGUGUGCAUCCUUGUACAAGAGCUUCUUUGGAUCCUUCGUCCACUCCAAACACACCUCAACGCCCACGUAUCUCAUCUAUGCUUCAUAUCUGCGCGUCACCCCUUCAAACCUCCACCACGCACAUGGUAGCCCUUUCCCAUUGCCACUCAUCUGCUGCUCAUGCUUUGUCCUUACAAUUGCACCUGUCCUGGUCCUAGCGUCCGGGGGCGGGGUGCAGCAGUUAGCCACGUGCACACUCAGCACCGGCCAGGCUCUCGUCGCAGGCGUCACCGCUGACAGCCGUCUCAUGGCAUGGAACCCCCACCACACACACACGUGCACGGACACGCGUGUCUAUACACUGUGUGUGGAUGAAGCUUUGUCGCACGCGGACGUGGUGCAAGGAGUGGUGGCGCUGGCUGGGGCGGGGGAAGCGGCGUUUGCGCGGUUUACGAUCGAGCUCUCGGCCAAUCAGAGUGCGGCAAAAGUGAAGUUCGAAGAUCUGAUUGGUGCGCCGGAUGUGGGGCAACAGGGGCUGGUGAGCAUCAAGUCAUGCAAUGGCGAAGUGUGGGCGCUCUUCGACGACGGCGGCGUGAGCCGCUACACAGACGAAUGGACGUCUGUGGUAGGUACCACAGCUGAGGCCAGCGCUUCAUACAGACCCUAUCAUACGCAGCCAACCAGCACACAGACAUCCCCACUGCCACACCCACACGAACUGUACCAGAGCCAUGUGUUUCAGCCGUACAGAUACCACGUCAUGGAGUUGGCUCUGGCGGUGAAGGCGUAUGUGGAAAGGUACACCCCGCAGACAAUUGUGAGUGUCGAUGAAAUAGUCUACUGCUCCACGCCUUGUGAGGUGCGGGAUCUGAUCUGUGCGGCUGUGGCGGAGCAUAUGCAACACCUGCAGCAAAGCGGUGACUACAACGCACACACACACACACACGAGAUGCACGCACAGGGAACGUAUGACCUCGAUGUGCAGGCCUGGGAUGACUUCAUGGCUGAAUUGGAUGUGGUCGUUGACAACAACCGGGUUGUAUCGAUCACGGCACAGCCGGAGGGCAUCUUGUUGAUCAAAGACUUCUCACUGUGUGUGGUACGCGACAGCGCCUCGGCCAAUCAAAUCACUCAGAUGUCAAAACAGACACCCCGUCUGGUCUCCGAGAUCUACUCCGACGCAGCAUUGCUGGCUUUUGAUUGGUCGGCUGUGAGUGUCAAGGCUAACACGGAGAGCCAAUUGGUGGUGGUAAGCGACAACUUCAGCGCUCAGAGAGAUGACAAGGCUCUGUCUCAACGUGUCAAUGCGGUGUGUGAAAGUGCGAUCUACUUGCUAGAGGACGCCCUCAAUCACAUCACCUCAGUCACUCAACGGCUGAGCACACCGCCCCAGGCGCAUGCAGAGAACAAGGUGACCAGCUUCGCUCUGCAAGUCACCGCAGCCGCCGUGGCGCAGGAGGCGUUGUUGCAUUACACGCAAGUGCGUGAUGUGUAUCUGCUGUGCACGUGGCUGGUAGCGCAGGUAGCCCUAAGCCGGAGAGAGAAGCUGCGCCUGCGCCUGCACGUGUUACCUACCCUGGCCGAGAGUGUGUGCUCUAUGGGCGCCGUGGUGUGGCUGACCCGCCAGAGACCGACGGGCAGAUACGAGAAUGCUAGCAGCGUGUUGGAGGGCUACGCCAGUCUACAAACGAAGCAUCUCUCCAUGCACGGAGUGACGCCCUUGGGCAUUACAGCCGCAGCACACACCCUCCUGUCACUGCUAGUGCAGAACACGGGACUACCGCACGCACACCCCGUCACACGCACACACACAGACGGCGAUACAUCCACACACACGCCGACUCACGCGGCUAGGGAUAAGGCUGAGACAGAUACACACACACACACACACACACGCCCCCCUAUGGACAUGCUAAGCUUCUUGGUGUACUCUGAGCAGUUGAGUCUGUUGCCGAGUGCAGCUUCACCGUCUGGACAAACAACUGCAGCCGUAUAUGCACUGGGGCGAUGGGCCGUACAAUGCAGCGACAGCGCAAAGACAGACACCCUGCUGCUGUUGGCUGCGGGGUGGGUCAGGGAAGAGAUUGGCGCCGGCGACACCCACGAGCAAAGUAUACGCAAUCUCUUGCAGUCCCUUCCUCUACAGAUGUUCGGUACAAACGACGCCAUCCACGCCAACGCACAAGAGGAGUACCUGACUGCGCUGGUGGCUGCGUUUCCCCAUAUGAACACAGAGGCCACGUGUGUGUUGCUUACGCUGUUGCUGUCGGAUGUCACGCCAGCCACUGGGCCAGUAUCCGUACCGCAGGAUAUGCAUGCACGCACAAACACACAUGCGCAUGUGCAGGGAGAGAGGGUGUUUGAGAUGAGUGAUGGGGAUAGGGACGUCAGUGAGUUGCCGCGUGAGCUGUACCGAGAGCUCUACCGCAAGUGGGUGGUGGUGGCGUUGGAAAGGAAGAAGUACGAGACCGCGUUCGAGGCGCUGUGUGGCCUGUACGCCGACCCCACAGAGAUCAAGGACUACAUGCGACUGUUUGUAGAGGUACUGUGGCAGGACUCCCAGUACACGCUACUCAAGAGCUUCUCACGCGCAACCAACUCACCCCAGCAGCCGCAGUGGACAAUUAUCCAGGAGCUGCUGCACAAGGCCCACAGCCUGCCCGUGAACGGGCGUGAUGCUGAGGGUAUUCGCUGUUUCCAGUUGGUGUAUGAGUUGCUUGUAACCUCAGCAGACUAUGCACAGGCUGCCAGGCAGAUGGUGGUGCUCGAUACGAUGCUGCGGCGCGAGCUUUUAUACUCCGAACGACAGGACGAGAUUAUGCAUUUGAGAUGUGAAGCUUUGGCGCAGUCCAUCGCAGCCAUGCACGCCCUUCCGCCCAGCCGUCAGUGUGUGAGUCUUGUCUCCGUCUGCGCCAAUGAAAGCUUUGGCUUAGGCAUGCUACCUACACCCAACGCUCCCUAUGUCAUUGCCUACGACCAUUUGGGCCAUACACCACGCAGCAUCCGGGAAGAAUCGCCUAAGCGCGAUGCAGAGGGGCAAUUAAUAGGGCCUAAUGGUGCGAGUGUCCCCAGGAGCCAAGGCGGUGGUGGGGGUGGUCUGGUUGGUUUGCCGAUGCUGAAAACACAGUAUGUGCUUACACAAGCACAUCGUAGUCUGUUGGACUGUCGACUGCCUGUGGCGUAUGUGAGUGCGUUGGGAGUGGCAGAGACCAUCACACAGCUCACACUCCAUGCGCACUUCGAUCUGGCUGUCAAUCUGGGCUUGGUAGCUUUGGCUGGGACUACAGAUGCUGUUGCUAGUCUGGUCGAUAGCCAAUGA